UGACUCGACAGACUCGAACUACACGUUUGGAUGGAGAAUCGUCCCUGGAUCGACCUUGCAUGCGGCUAACAAUUAACACCUCGUGCAUACACUCCUUUAUAUACUAGAAAAAUCUCUAAAUAGCUCUGCUAUCACCGUCGGUUGCCAACGCCCAUGACCUCAUCCUGAGCCUCAGCCUGCGACUCCUGUGCCCUGCAACCAGCAUCCGACGAAUAAUGGCUCCCUCUCCUACGAUCCGACGCCUCCUCAAAGAGACUGCCGAACUCUCCUCCCCUUCUUCGAACCCGAAUCCCGCUUUCUUCGCGGGUCCCGUCUCCGAAGCCGAUUUACAUGAAUGGCAUUUCACCCUGCUGGGUCCUCCCUCCCCGUCCCCCUACGCCGGGGGAAUGUACCACGGCCGCAUCACGCUACCGGCCACAUACCCGCUGAAGCCGCCCAACUUCAGAUUCCUCACCCCGUCGGGGAGAUUCGAGGUGAACCGCGAGAUAUGUCUGAGCAUCUCCGGGUUUCACGAGGAGACGUGGAUGCCCGCCUGGGGGGUGCGGACCGCGUUGACGGCGCUCCGAACGUUCAUGGCGGAAAAGGGCUCGGCCGGCCAGGUCGGAGGCUUGGAGGCGCCCGCGGACGUGAGGAAGAGACUUGCAAAGGAAAGCCGGGGUUGGAGGUGCGACGCCUGCAAGAAAACGAACGAGACCAUCAUGCGCGAGUGGUGGGACAUCUGUCGGGAAGCCGGGGUCAGUGUCUCGGCAGAGGAGGAUCUGGGAUUAGAGACUCUGCCAGAGGGGAUGACGCUCGAGGCGCGAGAUCCCAAUGCGCAGUCUAAUGCUUCUUCGCAAGCAACCGCUGGGACGAAAAGUGGAAGCGAAGCUGGUGCACAGGACGCCCCGAAGGGGACAGCGGCGGUAUCACAAGAGCGGCGGCCGCAACCCUCUACAAAUCCAGAUCCCAACACGUCGACGCCAUCUGCAUCGGUGCCGGUACCACCCUCCCAGCAACCUCAACCCCCCUCAUCGUCGUCACACUCGUCACGAUCCAACUCAUCCAACCUCACCCGACCUACAAGCCAGAGAUGCAUCCCCAUGGUCCCCACCCCGUCCGCGGAAGCAGCCCAGGCCUCGGCCGAAGCAGUCCUGACGCCGGGCGACUUUGUCCAACCUCCCUCUGAUGGCUCCACGGCAUCCAACACCGGCUCUUCCACCACCCAUCGACGGCCCCUUUUCACGGGCCUACACAAUGCCCCGCUCGCCGCCGCGAACGCGGCCAUCGCCCAGAGCGCGCGGCCCCUGACGCUCCAGCGCGGUCGGGGACGGGACAGGGAGCAGCAGACCAUCACGAUCGACCGGGCCAUCGCGGGCGUGUUCCUCGCGCUGUGCCUGAUGGUGCUGAAGAAGAUCUUCUACCCGGCCGGCGGGCCCGGGGACCGGUAUAAUGGGGUGGACGAGUUCUACCUGCAGCGAGAGUAGGUCUGUCUGCGCAGCCCUCAGCAUUUUGGCUAUCUUUGGAGACAUGCUUGGAUUUGCCAUGGUCGGGAAAAAACCAUUGGAAUAUGCCGGGUUGUCGGGGUGGGGUUUGGUUUGGGAUCCGGGCUUAUGAUCAUGAUGAUAUUGGUAUGGAUGGAAACAUCAAGGGGUCAGUGGAUGUAAAGGAACGAAAGGGGGGUUUGCUUUCUGGAUUAUUUCCCCAUGGCUUUUGUCUUCUGAAAAGCGUGAGCAAGCGUACAAGCCAGCGAGCGUCCAAGCGAGCAACGCCGCAACGACUAGAGAGCUCGGCGCGAGUCUCAUACCAGGCCUCAAGGUACCUACCUACCUACCUACCUAUGUAGCAGGUCCACAUGCGUUGCGUACAUUUAUUUGUUAUUGUAUAUAUGGCACUCUAUGGUGGGAAAUUCUUUUCCCACGACCCAACCCGGAAAAGGGAUUCUCUACCUCUUCUUCCGGACCGCUUGGAAUGAUAGAAUAGAGCAGGCUGCCCCGAGCGCAGCCUUGGUUCAUUUUUGCG